CAGAUCGGGAUCACAAUUCUAUUACCCGCGCAUUUUUACUGUCCGAUCACAAUGUCUUGGGGAUUAGGAUGGAAAUGGCUUACGGAUACCUUCCGUUUAUCUCUAAACUACGGAUACGAAGAAUUCACGGAAAUUCCUGACCGCACAGCAUCAUCGCCACCAUCGCUUACUCGCUCUUCUUCCUUGUCCCAAUUAUUACAGGCCCAAUACCAGCAACAGUUGGGAUCCAGGAUCGAUCUGGAUUGGGUGUCUGGAGAUGACGAGGACCAGGUGGCGCUCAAGCUGCGAUCUCAACUGAUGGUGGCGCUUCCGGCGCCUCAAGACGCGGUGGCUAUUGAAUUGAGAGAGACCGAAGGAAAUGCCGUGAGAGUGGAGAUGAAGGUGGAGAAGAGAAGGGAGCCGUUACGAGCGGUUAUAAUGUAUAAGGCGGGCGGGUCGAGUCAGCAGAGUGAUGGAGUCGGAGUUCUGGUUCGAUUGUUAAGGUCGGAUUUGGUUCUUUCUGGUGACGGGACUUCCAUCGGAAAUGGUGACCAUUGGAAAAGUAUCACUUUGCUUAGUCUUUGUGGAUGUGGUUUAACGACACUGCCCAUCGAGCUAACCAGAUUGCCAAUUCUUGAGAAAAUAUACCUUGAUAACAACAAGCUAUCACAGUUACCACCUGAGUUUGGUGAACUAAAAACCUUGAAAGUUCUUAGGGUCGACAACAACAUGCUUGUUUCGGUUCCUGUGGAGCUGAAACAGUGCAUCGGGCUGGUAGAAAUAUCAUUAGAGCAUAACAAACUAGCUCGGCCUCUUCUUGACUUCAGAGAUAUGGUUGAGUUACAGAUUCUGAGGUUAUUUGGCAAUCCACUCGAAUUCCUUCCUGAGAUCUUGCCUUUAAGGAAGCUACGCCACUUGUCUCUUGCCAAUAUCAGGAUUGUGGCCGAUGAAUAUCUAAGAUCGGUGACUGUGCAAAUAGAGAUGGAGAAUAAUUCUUAUUUUGGCGCAUCUAGACACAAGCUGAGUGCCUUUUUCUCUCUCAUAUUCCGUUUCUCCUCUUGCCAUCACCCUUUGCUUGCCUCUGCACUGGCCAAGAUAAUAAUGCAAGACGAGGGGAAUCGUGUAUUUAUUGGUAAAGAUGCGAAUGCAUUGCAGCAGCUCAUAAGCAUGAUAAGUAGUGACAACCGCCAUGUGGUCAAAGAAGCCUGCUCUGCUCUAUCAACUCUUGCUAUAGAUGUUUCUGUGGCGAUCCAGUUGAUGAAAUGUGACAUCAUGCAGCGCAUAAAAUAUGUUUUGAAGUCUCCAGCUCCAGGAAAACUGGUUUCCGUGCUGCACAUUGUGGUCACACUCGCCUUUGGAUCUGACACUGUAGCUCAGAAGAUGCUAGACAAGGAUGUUUUGAGAUCAUUAAAAAUAUUGUGCGCCCAUAAAAACCCAGAGGUGCAAAGGCUUGCUUUGAUAGCUGUAGGAAAUUUGGCCUUCUGUCUGGAGAAUCGCCGCUGUCUUGUCACCUCUGAAAGCUUGAAGGAACUUCUCAUGCGCUUGACUUUUACACCUGAACCACUUGUAAAUAAAGCUGCAGCUCGUGCUUUGGCCAUUCUUGGAGAGAAUGAAAAUUUGAGGCGUGCUAUUAGAGGGAGACAAAUACCAAAACAAGGCCUACGCAUACUCUCGAUGGAUGGAGGUGGCAUGAAAGGUCUUGCAACUGUGCAGAUCCUUAAAGAAAUAGAGAAGGGAACUGGAAAGAGGAUACAUGAACUAUUUGACCUUAUAUGUGGAACAUCGACAGGUGGUAUGCUUGCUGUUGCCCUUGGUAUUAAGUUGAUGACCUUGGAGCAGUGUGAAGAAAUUUACAAAAAUCUUGGAAAACUUGUUUUUGCUGAACCCGUGCCAAAGGAUAAUGAAUCGGCAACUUGGAGGGAAAAGUUUGAUCAGCUUUAUAAAAGUUCAUCUCAGAGUUUCAGAGUUGUUGUACAUGGAUCUAAACACAGUGCAGAUCAGUUUGAGAGAUUACUAAAGGAAAUGUGUGCUGAUGAGGAUGGCGACUUAUUAAUUGAAUCUGCUGUGAAAAACAUUCCAAAAGUUUUUAUUGUGUCAACUUUGGUGAGCGUUGCGCCAGCUCAGCCUUUUUUAUUCCGCAAUUAUCAGUACCCUGUGGGAACACCAGAGGUGUCUCUUGCAAUAUCUGAAAGUUCAGGAAUCACUGUUCUAGGACCUCCAACUACAGGUUCUCAGAUUGGUUACAAGCAAACUGCUUUUAUUGGAAGUUGUAAACACAAUGUGUGGCAAGCUAUAAGAGCAUCUUCAGCUGCCCCAUAUUAUCUUGAUGACUUUUCAGAUGAUGUAUACCGCUGGCAAGAUGGUGCUAUAGUGGCAAACAAUCCAACUGUGUUUGCCUUGAGAGAAGCACAACUUUUGUGGCCUGAUACAAAAAUUGACUGUAUAGUUUCAAUUGGUUGUUGUUCUUUGCCAGUCAAGGCAAGGAAAGGUGGUUGGCGUUAUCUAGAUACCGGGCAAGUAUUGAUCGAGAGUGCAUGCUCUGUGGAUCGAGCAGAGGAAGCUUUGAGUAUAUUGUUACCUAUGCUCCCUGAGAUCCAAUACUUUCGGUUUAAUCCAGUUGAUGAACGUUGUGAUGUGGAGCUGGAUGAGACUGAUCCAACAGUUUGGCUCAAACUGGAAGGUGCUGUAGAAGAAUACAUCCAAAACAAUUCAGAUUCCUUGAAGAACGCAUGUGAAAGGCUUCUUCUACCCUUUACACAUGAUGAGAGAUGGGCAGAGAGUCUGAAAUCUCCAUCCUUUUCCAGGAAAAAGUCAUCAAUUUCAGUUCUAGGAGAAAAUAGCCCUUCAUUAGGUUGGAGGCGAAAUAUACUACUUGUUGAAGCUUUGCACAGUCCUCAUUCUGGAAGAACUCUGCACCAUGCUCGGGCACUUGAGUCAUUUUGUUCAAGCAAUGGAAUAAGAUUAUCUCUUUUGCAUGACAUAUCUGGAAUUCCAAAGACAUUACCGGCAACAAGAUCUCCAACACCAUUAACCCCUCCUCCGAUCACUGAAACCUAUCCCUCAAGCCCUCAUGUUUUCAGUCCUGAUGUUAGCUUGCAGAGGCUUGGCCAAAUUGACACAGUCCCUCCUUUAAGCUUGGAUGGAUUAAAACCUGUAAAAAUCACUUCUUUAUCCCCAGAGGAUUCUCCCAGACCCAGGCAGCUUUCUUCACCUGUACAAUCAUUGCAAGAGAAGUUACAGAAUCUACCACAAGUUGGCAUUAUACAUUUGGCACUUCAUAAUGACUCAGCUGGCUCAAUAUUAAGUUGGCAGAAGGAUGUGUUUAUUGUGGCUGAACCCGGAGAACUGGCUGAUAAGUUUCUGCAAAGUGUCAAGGUUACAAUGUCCUCAAUGAUGCAAAACCAGCAUCGGAAGGGUCCAGCACCUUUUUCCAAUAUAGCAACUAUUGCUGAUUUGGUUCAUUGCAGACCAUGCUUCCAAGUUGGAAAUGUGGUCCACAGAUAUAUUGGAUGCCAAACCCGAGUCAUGGAAAAUGAUAAAGAAAUCAUGGCAUACAUGUUUCGUCGCCACAUACCCUCUUUGCACAUGACACCUGAUGAUGUUCGUUCGAUGGUUGGAGCUUGGAGGGAGAGGAUCAUAAUCUGCACAGGAACUUAUGGUCCUACUGCAAAUUUAAUUAAGGCCUUUCUGGAUUCUGGUGUCAAAGCUAUUAUUUGCCCCGCUGCUGAGCCCCAAGAUGUGUCACCAGCAACAAGUACUGGAUCAGGAAAGCAUAACAGCCUGGAAAACGGGGGGCUCAAGGUUAGUCUGGAAGAUGUACAAGAUGAAGAGGCUGAACAUCUCAGUCCAGUGAGUGAUUGGGAAGACAACGACUUAGAGAAGAAUGGAAACCACCAAUCUGGAGGUUUUCAGGACGAAGAGGAGGAACUGUCUCGGUUUGCCUGUCAGUUGUAUGAUUCAGUAUUUUGUGAAGGAGCAACCGUGGAUGUUGCCCUGAAAAAUGCUCUUGCCUCCCAUCGAAAUCUGAGGUAUGCCUGUCACCUUCCGCAUGUAAACGAGCUUGCCAAAUAAAUCUCAUUCAACGUUUGAAAUUAAAGA